GUGACGCGUUGAUGUCAAGGCGGAGCUGGUGUCAAGGGACUGUGUGUGAGGAUGGAGGACGGUGGCGGGUUGUGUCAAGUCACUGUGAACAUCUGAUCGUUGAAGACUAAAGCGCUGACCCGAGAAGAUGUCCGUCUGCUUGACGGAGGAACAGAAGAGAAAGAUUGAGGAGAACAGACAGAGGGCAUUAGCCCGGAGAGCGGAGAGACUUGCCGCCCAGCGGAAUGCUGCCAACGGACAGCAGAGCAUCUCGGGGGCUUCAAACAAACCUCAGCCGGGAAAGGCUCUGCAGCCCCCAAAGGUACAAAGUUUUCACGCUCCGCUAGAAAGUAAGGAACUGGAAAGCGGCAACAAUAAGAAAUGCGUUCCUCCGCCGUUUGAUGUAAAGGUUGAUCCGCCAUCAUCGGCUAAGGAUGAGCAGCGUUCGGCUGGACAGUCGGUGUCUGUAUAUCCCAAGCAAAACUCCUCCAGCAAAAAUGGAACAGCAGCUCCACAGACCUCGAAUCUACACAAGCAGUUAAGCAGAGGUGGUACCGACCCGAAUCCGCAGGAAGCCAACAGACCACCUGCUGACCUGUACAAGGCACCUGAGAUACAGACUGGUUUUGGUAAUGCUGGGACUGGGGCUACAAGGACUGCAAAUAAUUCACAGCUCGUUGAGUCGUUGGCGAGCUCCAGAUUAGCAGCGCCAACUGGCGGCAGCAAGACGGGGUCCGAAGUUGGGAUUGGACCCUUAGUGAAUAACGUUAAGCAUUUUUACGGGUCAUCUACAAGCACCAAGCCAACUGCGCCUGUUGGCAGCAAGACAGCGACUGAAGGCAAGGAGAAGGUGGCCGGCGGCGGGAGCGCAGAAAGCGGGAUGGCAAAGAAAGCGGCAAACGUCACGAAAGGGAGGUGUGUGAGGCAUCCCGAGAACCGCUUCCGCGUCGAAGUGGGAUAUAACGCAGAGCUGAUCUCCUUGUUUAAAACGAUACCCAGCAAGAGUUACGAUCCUGCAACAAAAAUGUGGAAUUUUAGCCAGGAUGAUUACGCUACACUUUUGAGUGAAGUGCAGCGGCUGCAGACGGUGGUUUUGAGCCCUCUGGAUGGAAUGGAAGCCGUGGACGUACGAUCCGAUCCGCUCGCGUCGGGCGCGGGGGCUUCCGUUAAUACCCUCUUAGGAAUGUGCAACAACUGGCAAAGACCCAACGCUAUCGUCAAAGGCAGAUGUCUGCUCGUCCUCCGCUCGCGCUUUGAAGUGGAUAUCGGAUACCACGCCGAAAUCAUUGCCUUGUUCAAGCAAAUGAGCUCCAGGAAUUAUGAUACGAAAACCAGAAAAUGGAGCUUUUUAUUGGAGGAUUACCAAAAACUAAUUGAAGCGGCGCGCGGCAUUCAGCAGGUGGAGGUAGAGCCUCUCCCCAGGCCCGUCAUCCAAGCCUUCGCUGCCCAGUUUGAGAAGACAUCGGUGAGCCGCGCCGAGACCGUCGACGUGGAUCUCUCCCACGUGGAUUCCAAGCUUGUGAGCAGCCUGAUGCCGUUCCAGAGAGAAGGCGUUAACUUUGCCGUGUCUCGGGAAGGCCGCCUGCUUCUUGCGGAUGACAUGGGAUUGGGGAAGACUAUCCAGGCUAUCUGUAUUGCAGCCUUUUACAGGAGCGAGUGGCCGCUGCUAGUGGUGGCCCCGUCUUCUGUCAGGUUUACAUGGGCUGAGGCUUUUCACCGGUGGCUGCCCUCGGUGGACCCAGACUCUGUCAACGUUAUAGUGACCAGCCGAGACUGCCAGUCAACGAGCCUUAUUAACAUUGUCAGCUUUGACCUGCUUGGAAAGAUGGACAAGCAGAAUGCACCUAGUUUCAAAGUUGUCAUUAUCGAUGAAUCACAUUUUCUGAAGAAUGUGAAAACUGCCCGUUGUAAAUCUGCAAUGCCGCUUCUCAAGAGUGCGAAGAGGGUGAUCUUACUGUCUGGCACCCCCGCCAUGUCUCGUCCAUCCGAGCUCUACACGCAGAUUGCUGCGGUGAGGCCAACGUUCUUCCCUCGUUUCCAUGACUUUGGGCUCCGUUACUGUGAUGCUAAGCAGAUGCCGUGGGGAUGGGAUUACUCCGGCUCUUCUAACCUGAAUGAGCUGAAACUGCUUCUCGAAGAGUCUAUUAUGAUCCGAAGGUUAAAGUCGGAAGUUCUGUCCCAGUUACCAUCCAAACAGCGCAAAAUGGUCGUAAUUGCCCCCGAAGGCAUCAGUGGCAAAACCAAGGCGGCGCUUGCAGCUGCGGCCAAGGAGAUGUCCAAAAACUUUAAAAGUAAAGUUCAAGAAAAGGAGGCUCUUCUCCAGUUCUACAACCGGACCGCUGAAGCCAAGACCCGCUCUGUCGUUGAAUACAUCAUGGAUUUGCUAGAAAGUGGGAGAGAGAAGUUUCUUGUAUUUGCUCAUCACAAGCUGGUGCUCGAUUCCAUCUGCGAAGAGUUAGGGAAGAAGGACGUCUGUUUCAUUCGCAUCGAUGGCAGCACCGCGUCCUCCGACCGCCAGUCCCUCUGUCACAAGUUCCAGUUUUCGGAGAAGUCGUGUAUAGCUGUUCUCUCCAUCACGGCUGCCAACAUGGGGCUGACCUUGUCUAGUGCUGAUUUGGUUGUGUUUGCAGAGCUGUUUUGGAACCCAGGGGUUCUAAUCCAGGCAGAAGAUCGGGUCCACAGAAUCGGACAGACCAGCUCUGUGAAUAUCCAUUAUCUUGUUGCGAAAGGCACUGCGGACGAUUAUUUAUGGCCAAUGAUCCAGGAGAAGAUAACGAUCCUCAGCCAGGCUGGAUUGUCUGAGAAUAAUUUUAAUGAAACAACUGAAUCUACAGAUUUUUUCAAAAAGGAUCCGAAGCAGAAGAGCAUCUAUGACCUGUUCCAGAGGUCCUUCGCGGAGGGCGCCGCCGCCGCCACGGACGAUGCAGAUGAAGCUUUAUUACUGCAGGCCUGCGAGGAGGCGGAAGUUCCCCCCGACGCCACCUCAGACGCCCCCUCAGACCUUUACUCAGAAAGCCCCUGCAAGAAACGCAAGAUUGAGGAUUACCUCGGAUCAGAAUAUUAAAAAUAGAAAAUGUACAGUGUUGUAAGAAAAAAGUUCUAUAUGAAAGAAUAUUUUGUUUUUUGUUAAACUAAUUUUGACACAUUAAAGCUAUAA